CCGGUCGGAACGUGGAAAGGUUUUGCUUUUGGUGGUUCCUUUAUGGUCGGUCGCCGUGACGGAUAGUGCGUCUCCAUUGGCGUUUUUACUACAUAGGUACUAGAAAGUCGAGUCGAGUGUCGGUCGGUUAGAUACAACCAACAGCAUUCGCUUGUUGAGCGUGACCGCGAACGGAUGUGUGCAUCUUAGCCGCCUACUACUAUAGAUGUUGUGACGGACGAAACCUGUUGUCCGUUUCAGGAGUGCGGUGCCUACUUUGUUGUGGAUUAUGGUUGCUACCGUGGUUACCAACGUCUCGUCGUAGCCUACUGGGAUUGGGAUUGAGGAAGGAUAUUUGCUCGGAUAGUCGGCUAACCGGAAGCUGUUACCCUCGAAGGUUUUUUGUUCAGUAUCCAGGGUGCUGCAUUGGAAAAGAUAAGAAUCAGUGAAGUGUAACACUGUAAAGGAAAGGAAGAGUAAUACCAAUAUUUCAAAAGGAUAAAAUGGUGCCCAAGUGCUGAAAUUUAAUGGUUAUCGUUUCGUUGAUUUAUGCUUUAAAUGCAUCGUUCCAACACAGGCCCCAAGGAAUAAAAUAAUCUGGGUCAGAGAAAGAAAUCGAAGAUUUCGGAUGAAAGCCGUACCGGAAGUCGAUGGGAGCUAUAAUCUGGGAUAAUGAUUUCGCUGCUUCCGCAAUACUCCAAACGGGUGGCGCCCAACCAAGAAAAAAAUGCCGCAGUCUCGGCAGUGGAAAUUCCAAGUAAAAGCGAUUACGGAAGUGUAUUUUGAUUGAAAAGAAAAGUAGGCCGUGAAGAGGCUCCUUUUGCUGCUUUGUCGGUCAAGGCGCAGUGAGUGCGGUUGCGGUGUGCCGGCGAGACAAAACAAAGCGUGCGGAGGACGUCGAAGCAAGCGGUGCGUGGUUCGGUUCCGUUUCCCCGUUGUUGGUGGCGGUUGUGUAUUUUGUUUUUCUGUAUAAAAGAAUAAAACAAGCAAUAGUGCUUGAAAUCGGUGCAAAAAAGUUGCCCUAGAAAGGUGGAAGCUAAAGUUGAAAGUGGAUGUUCCGAGAACGAAACGCACAGCGCAACGGAGCGUGCCGAGGUGCUCCACAUGGAACGAACAAAACAGAUAGAUCGAAAUCAUCCCUAAUCAUCAUCACAGUGAAGUGUUAUACCGAAUCGAAAGCACAGCGGGUUGCAUUAGCGUGAUGGAGUUAUCCUCCUAAGUGAAAGAAGUAGCUUCGAGAGAUUGAAUAUACCUAUGUGUGAUUUACGUUGAAAGUCGAUACAAUAUCUAUCUCGACACAUACACACAGCAGUAUGGGCGUCAACUCGUCAUCCCGGCAGGAUGCCAGUCUGCUAUCGGAUGAAGAUGUUAAUUUCGAUCAUUUCCAAAUCCUGAGAAACAUCGGCAAGGGAAGCUUUGGAAAGGUCUGCAUCGUUCAGAAACGGGACAAUGGGAACCUCUUCGCCAUGAAGUACGUCAGCCGGAGUGCCUGCAUCGGACGGGGUGCCCUCGGAGGGGUGUUGAAAGAGGUCGAACUGCUGGCAACACUGGAGCAUCCGUUUCUGGUGAAUCUGUGGUUUUCGUUUCAAGAUGAGGAGGACCUGUUUAUGGUGUGUGAUUUGCUGGCCGGAGGCGAUUUGCGAUAUCACCUAAAUCAUCAGGUGGAGUUUUCGGAAGCCAGCGUUGCCUUACUGGUGUGUGAAAUCGGUUCCGCAUUGGACUACCUGCAGAAGCAGCGAGUGGUGCACAGGGAUAUCAAGCCGGACAACAUUCUGCUCGAUGAGGAAGGACACGCACAUUUGACCGACUUUAACAUCGCGACCCGGCUGCCACCGGAUGGGCUGGCCUGCAGCAUGUCGGGCACCAAGCCGUACAUGGCCCCGGAGGUUUUCAUGUGUGCCUUAGAGGAGAUCGCCGGCUACAGCUACCCGGUGGACUGGUGGUCCCUGGGCGUGGUGGCGUACGAGAUGCGCUCCGGAAUGCGCCCGUUCGUGGUCCACUCGUCGACACCGCUGGUCGACGUCAAGAACGUCCUGAACACCCAACCCCACUUUCCCCGCACCUGGAGCGACAACUUCAUCGAUCUGCUCGGCAAGCUCCUGAACGUUCACCCGGGAGCGCGCAUCAGCAGCCAGCGAGAACUCCAGCAAACCAAGCUUCUCCGAGGCACCAACUUCGAGCGGAUCCUCGCCAAGCAGACGAACCCCCUGUUCAAACCCUCCAAGGAUCACCUGAACUGCGACCCCAGCCUAGAGCUGGAAGAGAUGAUCAUCGAGACGAAACCCCUCCACAAGAAGAAAAAACGCCUGGCCAAGCAGCGAUCGAUCCACCGGGACAACCAGAACGCCAGCCAGGACCAGCUGAGCGCCCUGGACAGCCAGCUGCUCAAAGAGUUUCUGGUGUACAACCGGUUCAAGGAGCAGAAGCGAAAAGCCAUGGAAAAGAAGGAAACCGAAUGGCAACAGGAGCUGGACCAAGCGAUGGCCAGUUCCGAGGUGGACGUCGUCGGUCGAUCGGAAUCGGUACCGGCCCGCUUGGCGACGAUAUCGGAGGCCGGACAGGCCGAAAACGGAUCGGCGCCCAAGCCGGUCGACCAUCAGCUGGACUAUAUCGAUCGGACGCCUUCGCCCAAGCCGAGCAUCUAGUAGUAGUGGUGUGUACGGUUUGCUGGGGUCGGCGUUUUGACAGUUGUUUGUUUACAGCGUUGACAGUGCAGCUGCGUUAUGAACUGUCGCGUGCGUCCGUUAUGGAGUUUGGAACAUUUGGAGUUUAUUCGAUGUGUUUGACAGUUUUCGUUGUCGGUAUCGGUAUCGUUGGUAGUGGUUUGCUCGCGUCUAGUGCUAAAAAUGAUGUGAAAACAAUGGAACAGUUAUCAUUUGUGUCGCGUGGGAAGUAGCGAAGGUGAAAAAUCACACAGAAAUAACGAGACUGAGUACAUUUAGUGAGAUUAACAAGAGAAACAAAAGUCGCCACGGUUAGGCAAUCAUUAACAACAAGUAGAACAACAGCAACCAUUUAACUCGUAACGUUUCCGCUAAAGUAGAAAUAACUCUUAGUAAUGGCACAUAACAAACACCGAGAAUGCUAGUAUUUAACAGUAGCAACUGAUACAAUCAUCACCCGCUAGUUUGCACACAGUCUUCGCUAGCUAACACACAAACACACACACAGACGCACAUGUACGCGCGAAUAACUGUAGAGACGUCACUAUUGAUCACAAACAGGAAUAAUCGAAAAUAACUACAACCAGUCGAGCGUAGAAAGAAUGGAACGUAGAAGAACAACAUAUCUGCAUUAACAUGUCUAA